AUGUCUGACAUACCCAUGCCCGAACCCACGGUUGCACGUCGACCAUUUUCUUCAUUUAAAGUCAUCUCAUAUGACAUCUUCGGCACGUUGAUUGACUGGGAAGGCGGGAUAUACCCGCUGCUUCAGCCACUGGUGGAAAGAAUGCCGGCAGACGCAUCGUCAGAGCAUGCCGCCUACCGUUCAGCGGAAGGGAGGAGCAAAGUGGUUGGGAGAUUCCACGAGCUCGAAGCCACGCUGCAGACGUCGCAGCCAUCAGCGCUCUACAGCAGUAUCCUGGAACAGGCAUUUUUGCUGUUCGCGCAGGACAUGGGCAUCGAAGCGGACGACGAGGUCAAGAAGGACGCCAAAGCCUUUGGCGCCAGUGUCGGCUCGUGGCCCGCGUUCCCAGACACCGUCGACGCGUGCCAGCGGCUGGCCAAGGCCGGCUACAAGAUGAUCCCGCUAUCGAACGUCGACCGCGAGAGUUUCUCGCACACGCUCUCCGGGCCCUUGAAGGGAGUCGACUUCUUCCGCGUCUAUACCGCGCAGGACAUCGGUAGCUACAAGCCCGAUCUGCGCAAUUUUGAGUAUCUCGUCCGCAGGGUCAAGGAAGACGCUGCCGUCGACAAGGACGACAUCCUCCACGUCGCGCAGAGUCUAUUCCACGACCAUCAACCGGCUAAGAAAUUCGGCAUGAGUUCCGUCUGGAUCAACCGUCGGGGUGCUAGCAUGGGCAGUCCUGGUGGUGCGGCCGAGAUGCAUUCCCGAGGUGAGGUUGGCUAUGGUUGGAGAUACCGCACUCUGGGAGAGUUUGCGGAUGAGGUUGAGAGACAGUCGAAGGAGGAGGGGGGCAAGUGA